ACGCCUAAACCAGAGCUUCACGGCUACCCGCCGGGCAGCGUGGAGUCUAAAACCGGCCUCGUUAUGAGAGCUGCGUCUUUGCUGCUGUUCGCGGGAGGCCUUCUGGUUGGCAUAGUCUUCUCCCUUCUCUUCUUCCUGGCCAGCGACUCUAGGACCUCCGCCUGCCGCUCCCGAGAACGUUUCCAUGAGCCCGAGUUUCCUCCUCCGCCUCUCUUCCCCGACCCGGAACCCGCCGAGCCCAAGCAGUUCGAUCUGGAGAACCUGGAAACGAAAAAGUAUCUCUUUUCCGAGUUUGCCCCUAAGCACACCGGGAAGCCGAUCCGCCUGGAGCACCCGACGCACCUCAGGCAGGAGUACCGUUUGAGGAAGACUCUGUUUGUGGGUGUCCUCUCCUCACAGAUGUACUUGGCCACUCGGGCCAAGGCAAUGUUCGAAACGUGGGGCCAAGACGUGAGCAUGCUCGCCUUUUUUGUGGGGGAGGAUUGCAUUGUCCCCUCUGAACUUUCCCACCUCCCCGUAAUAAAGCUCCCCGGGGUACCCGACGCCGUGUAUCCUCCGCUGAAGAAAGCGUUUGCCGUCAUGCAGUACAUGUACGAACACUACGUCGACGACUACGAUUGGUUCAUACGUGCCGACGACGAUAUUUACCUGCGCGGCAACAAGCUAAUUGAGCUGCUGAACAUGAUGGACGCUGGGGAGCUCAUAUCUUUGGGGAGGGCGGGAGAGGGUCGUGCGGAGGACACGGACAGACUGAACCUGCUGAAGCAUGAGAAGUACUGUAUGGGUGGUCCGGGGAUGAUAUUCAGUCGGGGGAUGAUGGUAGCUCUGGGUCCCUACCUCGACCUCUGCCUCAAAGCUGUGCUGUAUCACGACAGUCUGGACCCCCAGUUCCCUUGGAAUGACGACGAUGUAGAGAUUGGGAGGUGCAUCAGUCGAGAACUGAAUGUACAGUGUUCUACUUCCCUCGAGGGAAGGAGAUACUUUUAUACCGACUACAUUGGCGAAAGCCUGGACACCCAGACACUCUGGAGAAAACCGGAGCUGAGGGAAAUAAUCACAAUUCAUCCUAUCAAAGACCCUGGUCACGUCUACUCUCUUCAUCUCUUCUACCGCACACUGGAGUACGAGGAGCUCUUUCUUCGGAAACAGACCAUCGAUCGCUCGCUCACUUCUCUCUGUCAAACUGUUCCCAGUAACCUCGUCCCACCCACCUUCCUCGAGACAAAUUGUGCAGUACAGUUUGGCUCUUCCCACGUGUAUGACAGGAACUCUAUACCAGUGAAAAUGACACACAAACAUCACAAGAAGAAAAAGAGGUUUUAGCACACCGACUAAUUAAUUGUGUGUCUCUGUCUUGUUUUUCACUUAACCACUGCUUUUGUGGUAUAUAUGAAUGCGUGUAAAACUCGCGCACACUCUGAGUGGGGUAGUUAAUUUAAUACGAAAAAAGGCGCACAUACAUUGUACGUUGAUUGUAAUGUAGGACCAUUUUUAUCGAAAUUUU